AUUUGUUCCUUGUAUAAAAAUCUUUAAAGUACUUUUCAGCUCUUCCUCAUUCUUUCCGCCGAUCUAUUUCAGUUCCUCAAUUCCUACAGAAAGAAAGAUCCCAACUCCUUAAUAUCUUACUUAAACUACACUGAGUUUUUAGUGUUAUGGAAGUUUUUCCAUCCCUUAAAACGCAGAAUUCAAGAAUCCCGCUGUCAUACAAGCCGUACUGUUCCAUCGAUUCUAAGAGAAAAUCCGUUUUCAAUUGUCGAUCAAAUUUCAUUUAUUGGAGCAAUUUUCGUGGAAUUAAGGGUCGGAGAUUAGGAUUAUGUAGUAGUUAUAAUGAAGCCGGGUCGAUUACUCAGCCGGGUUUGGAAAACAUGCCGCUUUCGGUGGAGCUGGAGCCUAUUUCCAGCGAAUCCCAGUUCGAUCGGGUCGUCGCUGAGGCGCAACAGCUCGAAGAAUCUGUAGUUGUUUUAUGGAUGGCAAGCUGGUGCAGGAAAUGUAUAUAUUUGAAACCAAAACUGGAAAAAUUAGCAGCUGACUAUUACCCAAGAAUAAGAUUUUACUCUGUUGAUGUCAAUAAUGUUCCCCACAAACUCGUUGUCCGUGCUGGAGUUACUAAGAUGCCUACAAUUCAGCUCUGGAGGGAUGGCAAGAAACAGGCAGAGGUGAUUGGAGGCCACAAAGCAUAUUUGGUUGUUAAUGAUGUUCGAGAAAUGAUAGAAAAUGAAAAUGGCGUGUAGUUUUCUGCAGUUUUUCCCUUUGGUAUAAGUGAAAUAGAGUUGGUUGUUCUAUAGAGGAGUAGUUUGGUUUUGGAUGGAUGGGGGGCAACACAUUUGAUCCAGCAACAAAUUUUCCAUUUUUGAUCGUUGAAUCUUUUUGUUUUUUGUUUUAGGCCUUAAAAGAAAAGGAAAAGGUUUAUCAUUUAAAAGUAGUGUAACCAUUUUUCUCA